CAAGGAUAUACUGUUCACUCUCUGUGUUUUUAGCAGUAAGUGGCUGUUCGCUGUUUGGCUAGCUGCACUCAAAUGGGAAAAUCCAGCUGUUAGCCGUAAUGUUCGGGUUUGUAAACCACUUUAAUAAUGAGGACUGUGUGGAGGAGAGACUGUUUGAGCCAGAUGACAGCAGCGAUGUGGUCGGAGGGUGAAGAGGAGACCGUCACCCCCCUCACAUCUGGUUCCGACCACCCCUCACCUGCCUCAUGCCUGGCAGGAAUGUGGUCGGAGGAUGAGGGGCCGGUCAUGGUUGUUCCGACACCUCGCCGUCGCCGUCCCUCACCGCAAUCGGAAUCCAGUUCCUGCUCUGAAGAGCUGGACGUGACUAUGCGUCCAGCCUCUGCUCUGCCUUCGCCUGGUCCAGCCUCUGCUUCGCCUUCAACGUCGCCUGUGGCUGCCAUGCCACCGUCUGGUCCUGCCUUGUCUGAUCCUAUGCCCACCAAGCCUCGACCAGUACGCCCGAUGCUCUGUAGCCGUCGCCGUCUUCCACACGGCCGGCCUCCGGACCCGCUCUGUAGUCACCGCCGCCGUUGCCAUCCGCACAGUCGGCCCCCAGAACUGAACUGUUUUGCACUAUUGUGUUGCCAUCCUCUGGGUCGACCUCCCGAACUGUUUUUGAUUUGCUCCCUGUGCUCCGGUUUUUGUGGUUCUCUUGUUUUCGGGCUCGAUCCCUCCGUCCUGGGCCCCCACCGCCCGCCCUGGUCGGGUUGUUUUCUGUUUUCUGUUUCUAUUGGGCUGUCUGGAGCCAGCCCUUGAAGGGGGGGUACAGUCAUGGUCCUGGGUCAUUUUGACCCAGUGUUCUUGGUUUUCCUGUGGUUUUGUAUUUUGUUCUUUGUGUUCAUAGGAUUGUUUGGUUUGGUAUUUGGAUUCCCCCCGUGUCCGUGCUGGUAUUGUGGUGUUUGUUCUGGUACCGCGUUCCCAUCCUUUGUGUCCUGUAUUCUCCUCAUCCCCUCGUGUAUUCCUUCUUGUUCUCUGCCUCUCUCUGUGCUCCUCUCUGUGCUCCUCUCUGUGCUCCUCUCUGUGCUCUGUGUUGUGUUUAAGGUCCACAUCUUAGUGUCAGUAUUUUCAGUUUCGUGUCCUCCCCGCUCUGUCAAGGGUGAUUGUCCUCAGCUGUGUUCACCGUGUGUUCCCACUUCCCUCAUUACCUUCUGUGUAUUUAUGUCAGAGUAUCCCUUUGUUCCGUGUUGCGUCGUCCCUCUAGGUUGUGUGCAUUCCCUCGUGUCUUCCCAGUGCCUCAGCUCUAGUUUCUCCCAGUAUAGUUUGUAUGACUUAUGUUCCUAUUAAUAAAGACCUGCCUUUUGAGUUAUCCCCGCGUGUCUUGAGCCGU